AUGCGAGAAGAAAAUCGAGAAAAUGCGUUCGAACCAGUGAUGAGAGAUUUACAAGCUCGAUACGAACAGAUGAAAAACUUAGAGAGAGUCACGCAGAACGAGAAGAUACGUUUGACGCGAAAGAUCCCGGAGAUCGAGAAGAAUUUAGAAGCCUUGAACGCGUUAGACGCGAACCAUACUCGUCGUCAAGAGGAGGAGAAGGAAAAGACGACGACUACAACGAAAUUAAAGUAUCAGUUAGGCGAGGCGUCGAUUUACGCCAAAGCUGACAUCGAGGAUCCGAGCAAAGUGUUCCUUUGGCUCGGCGCGAACGUCAUGCUCGAAUAUCCGCUCGCCGAGGCGAAGCAGUUGUUGGAGACCAAUUUAGAAAACUGUAAGAAAUCUUUAAUCGCGACGGAUGGCGAUUUGGCGUUUAUAAAAGACAACGCGACGAUACAAGAGGUGAACUUAGCGAGGGUGUACAACUGGGACGUGAAGAGGAGGAUGGAAGGCGUUUUGAAAAAGGACGAACCUCGAGACGUAGCCGGUAUCGAGCGCUGA